CACUACGCCCCGCUGUCUCACUUUAGCCGUUUCCGUCUGAACUGGAGCCGUAAAGCGCUGCGUUACUUCUCUGCGUUCGGCGCCGUGCGCGAGUUGGAGCGUGCCCUUUGGGGUGGCUGCCGCCGGCCGUGCAGAAGCUGCUGAGAUUAUUGGCGCCGAGGCGCCCUCCCGCGGCUGGGACAUGGCGGCAGAGGAGUCUCAGUACCUGCUGGCUCAUCCUACUACGGACGCUUACCUGAGAGUGCAAAACAAGAAGCUGUACCUGGCCACGUUCGCUGCUGUCCUGGGACCGCUUAGCUUUGGCUUCGUGCUAGGCUAUAGCUCACCUGCUAUUCCAGAGCUGAGGAAAAUUGGCAAUCCGAAAUUACGGUUGGACAGCAAUCAGGCAUCAUGGUUUGGGUCUCUAGUGACAUUAGGAGCUGCUGCUGGAGGAAUACUGGGAGGCUACCUUGUGGAUAAAAUUGGAAGAAAGCUGAGUCUGAUGCUGUGUUCAGUACCAUACGUCUGUGGAUAUAUUGUCAUUAUUUCCGCUCAGAACAUAUGGAUGCUUUAUUUUGGACGAAUACUAACUGGCUUAGCCAGUGGAAUUACUUCGCUUGUUGUUCCAGUAUAUAUAUCGGAAAUAUCUCAUACAAAUGUUCGUGGUAUGCUUGGCUCUUUUGUCCAGUUGAUGGUGGUGACUGGCAUACUUGGAGCCUACACUGCAGGAAUGAUACUAAAAUGGCACUGGCUGGCAGUAUUAUGUUCUUUUCCACCAUGCGUAAUGCUUUUGUUUAUGUUGUUCAUGCCUGAAACACCAAGAUUUCUGCUGGAUCAGAAGAAACACACAGAAGCAAUAGCUGCUUUACAGUUUCUGCGAGGACCAUUUGUGGACCAUGAAUGGGAAUGCAGGCAAAUUGAAGCUAAUGUUGAGGAGGAGGGACAAAGCCUCUUUGAAUUUAAGAAUCCUUCAAUCUACAGGCCACUUCUUAUUGGUGUGAUUCUGAUGUUUCUCCAGCAAGUAACAGGCAUUAAUGCAGUUAUGUUUUAUGCAGAAACAAUCUUUGAAGAUGCAAACUUCCAGGACAGCAGAAUCGCUUCUGUUGUUGUGGGUUCCAUACAAGUAUGUUUCACUGCUGUGGCUGCACUUAUCAUAGAUAAAACCGGAAGAAAAGUGCUGCUUUAUGUGUCUGGGAUAAUCAUGGCUCUCAGUACUGCAUUGUUUGGGUUUUACUUUAAAAUGGUCCUUCCAAAUGGGAACAACUCAUCAAAUGCUGAUCUGUUGUUCACUUUCAACUCAGUAUCUCCAGGAACAGAAACUAGACUAUCCUGGCUUGCAGUAGUAAGCUUAGGACUCUUUGUUGCUGGUUUUGCCCUUGGCUGGGGUCCAGUUCCAUGGCUGGUAAUGUCUGAAAUCUUCCCCCUUAAAGCAAGGGGCAUAUCAAGUGGUACCUGUGUGUUAACAAACUGGGCUACGGCCUUUUUGGUGACCAAGGAAUUUCACGAUUUUAUAGGUUUCUUAACAUCCUAUGGGACAUUCUGGCUCUUCUCUGCCUUCUGCUGCCUCAGUGUGAUAUUUGCAGCCUUUUAUGUUCCUGAAACAAAAGGACGGACCCUGGAACAGAUUGAGGCCUACUUCAGAAAAUCUUAAAUCUCAGGCUUUUGCUGAUGUGAAACCUUUACAUCAUUAUUUGUGGUGCUGUUGCUAAAACUAAUUGUGUCACGUGGUAGACAGUCACACAACUUCCUCUACAAUUGUUUUAACUAAUUUUGUAAAAUCUUUUUUUUUUUUUUUUUUUUUCCCCCCCCCCCAUCCAGAAAUCUAUAGGUAUUUGCAUACACUUGAUUAUCACUGUAUACUCGUUGUACUGUAACUUAGUCGUGUAGGUCUUGGACAUGCAAGUUUUUUUUAAUUACUGUUCAUUGGGUUUGUUUGUUUUUCCUGACCUGGUGCAGACGGACAGCAGUGGCUAGGAAAAAAUGUUAAAUGUAUUGUCUACUGUCUUUUUUGCUAAUAGGUAAAUUAAGAUAUAAUUUUAAAAAUAAUGAAAAAAUUUAUUGUCCCCCUUUGCAUUUCCCUACAUAUGUUACAGUGAAGAAAUUUAUGCUACAGUCAGGACUUUAAUUUUGGAUUGCUGUAACUUUUCCUUUACGUGUGUUACUGCUUCUGCAUCUGGGAAACCUGCCAAUAGAAUAAGUCUUGAUCCAAAGUGUAAAUAGACAAGGGCUGGGUGCUAGUGUUAAGAUGGCAUUAUUUCUCCUACAGAGGUCGAGUAUCUAGGACUGCAUUUAAAUCACAGGACAGGUUAUUGCUCUCAGCAGGAUGUAUUUUAGCAUUUCAUUUUCAGAAGGAAAGAACAGAUCGCGUAGACUGAGAAACUAUACCCUUUGCCACAAAAAAAAGAGGGAAUUCUCUUUUAUAGUGUUAACUUGAGGGGUAAAAAUCAACCACUGGAGAAGGUCUGAGUCUUAACAACACCCAGAAACAAACCAAUCCUAGACUGUUCUUGGCAAAGAGGAAUAGAGCUUAUGGCCAAUCUCAUGAGUCUAAGAGUCCUUAAAUGAACAACAGGCUUAAAACAUUUCUAGAGAACUAUAGUAAUCCCUGAACCAAAUUUAGAAAAGCCCUGCAAGUUUGAAAGAAAGAACUGAUGUAAAAUUUAUUACAUAUGAAGAAGUGAAUCACUUCUUCCUCCUCCACAAUAACAAUAAAUCGCACUUAAAACAUUUCCAGCUGUGACAGGAAUGUUUCUAUUUAGAUGCUACAUCUAAAACACAAAGCAUAUGCACUAUCACAUGACAUUAAACACAAUGGUAAUACACUGGCAUUUAAGACAAGUGGUAGUAAAGAGGUUUUGAUCACAGACUCAGCAUCUGUCUUAACACGGCAGUUACUAAAUUACAAAACAGCCCACUAACAUUCAAAGUCUCUGUUAAAACUGACAUUGCACGUUGAUUACACUUUCUUACAAAAACCUUUAGAGACAACAUUUCCAUCCAACCAGUUAAAUAUGUAAUAGAGCUAUAAAUAAAUAAGAGAAAAAUAAUCUCAGUUUUUUCCGUCAGAUCAUUAAUCUAAUAUAAUUUUCACUAGCAAAGAAGUAGUCAGUCAGUUGCAGGUGUGCAACAACAAAGUGAAGCAUCUAGUCAUUAAGCAGACUGGUGAAAUGGCUGUGAUCAACUGUAGUAACAGUAUCCGUACUUUUUAUCCUGUGUGCUUGCUGCAUACUGUCACAGAAGCUCCCUCAUAUUGUUAAUGCAGUGUAUUUAGUUCUCAGAGUAUAACCUGUUUCCCCACAAAAAUCAGGCUAUGCUUGGAUUUCUGAGAAAAGUGCUUUUACAGAAUUAGCAAGCACUGGGCACAUGACAUCAAAGUUGUUAAUAAUGACACUAUUCAGUAUGACACACACAUGUAUAUACACAUGUUAAAACAUCCAAACUGAAAAGACUAUGUCUCGAACGCAGACUAAGCCAAAAGCUCUGGGGAAGCUCUUGCAUCUGCAAAUGCAAGUCAUAAAUGCACAUUUUUAGAAAGGCCUGCAGGAGUUUGUGGCUUAUCUAAAGACACCUACAACAACAGAGAGGAAAGGGCAGGCACAGCAACCUUAGGUGUACAUAACAGUGCUAUGCUUCUUGUGGGUGCAAUCUAACCUGUUAUUUGCCUUACUAAGAACUGUUUUAACGUUUAUUCAGUUGACCAUCUAAAAAUACUUUGAAUCAAGAAAUACUUUGAAAUUUGAAUCUAUCAGUCAAUCACAAAUGCUUGCAUACUUGCAUAUGUAUAGAAAGUCACAUGAAAGCAGACAGCAGAAUUGCGACUCAUUCUGGGUGCCAGCUGACAUCCAGUCAUGCAUUUCAAAAACAAACGUAACAAACAAACAACCAACACAAAAAAGCCAGAACAAAUUAAAAAAAAAUAGCUCCAAACUAGGAAACAAUUGUAACCAGGACAGGUCAACCUGUCAUUUGCAAACCAAGCAACUGAAGCUAUUAAUCAUAUUUGUUCAUUCAAUCUAGAAUCUAUCUUUUACCAUCUUGGGAGCACUUAGCCCUUCCUCAUCGUACACUUCAGUCUUUCUCUCUCCUCAGAAGGAAACAUUUCAUUACUUUCCAUUUCUGAGACUAGAAAGAAAGGACAGUUAGUCUGGAUCCCAAGUAGGUUUAAUCUCUGUUCUGGAGUUCCUAAAUGCCAAGCUGUAAAGACCUUGGGAAGGACUCAUCAAGCUUCAGCCUUAAGAGCCACAUAUUAUGCAUGUGGGAAGGAAUAAACUAAUGUGUCCCAGGGCUCUUGAGUCCUAUUCAAAGUUGUGAUGGUUCACAGGCAUGUUAUAAAGUAAAUGUAAUAAAAGGAUGAUGAGUUGUUGAAAAUGCUGCUUAUUCAUUCUUGAACUGAAUCAAAAUUCAAUAACAUGAUACUGAACAAGCUGCUCUAGUUUAUGUAGUUUUGAAUGGAGAUAUGUGGGGGUGAGUUUUGGGCUAGAUGAUCUCCUCUGGUCUCUUCCAACUUUAUCCAUCCUGUGAUUGUAUAUGUAUCACUGAUGCUAUUGAGAAGGCACAAGUCCAUUCUAAGUUAGCUGUCUGUUCAGUCCUGCUUCUUGAACCAGAGUAAACUAAAUUCCUGUAAUUUAGUCAGACUAAGGUACUGUGCAGAAAUGAUGAUAAUUCCAUUAUCCAGGAGAAGUUAAAAGCCCUCCUCCUCCAACAAAUCCAGCAAACUAGGACACUAAACACUUCUAGCAGCGCCUUAUCUGUGUUAAGAGUCCAGAAUUGACUUUUAGUUUAACUUAGCUUGAUAGCAAGCAUUCAAGCUGGUAACAGCUCAUCCUUCACAGAAAGACUUUUCCACACUUCUACUGGAUGUGGUGGUAGCAAGCUUAUUUUCCAGUGUUCUCCAUUAGAUGAAGCUACUACCCAUCCUUGCUGCAGUUCCAAAUAUUUUCUCUCAAAUAUAUGUUGGUCAGCCAACACCAAGAACACCGGUAAAUGGCAGUUUUAACACAAGAUGUGAAAAUCAGAAAGGCUGUACUUGAGAUAGAAAGGGCUAUGCUUUUUGUGCCCAAGGCUACUUUCCAAGCUAAUUGAAUAGAAGCAUGCACAUUGCAGACAGGAGAGGAAAUAACAUGGCUUCAAGGGACUGGAGUGAACAACAGCAUAGCAGUCCAUCCAAGUAGCCUUCCAGGAAGCCAUUUCAUUUUCCCUGGUCACUUGACAUUGGUCUGAAGAAGAGAUUACACAGAUGUAUUAAAACUUUGUCCUAUUUUGAGACUGCUAGUUCUGAGGACAACAUUUCAUCACACAAAGAUGCACAUAGUAUGUGAGAGUCUGAUGACAGUUUUAAGCCAACAGAAACCACAUCCUUGUACAGUGGCUAUUUGUCAGUUGUCCUAGCAGCUUCACAUUUUGUGUUAUUUUGUCUUUUAGGUAAGACAAAUGUCAUAAAGAAUUUCACAGUUUGGUUCUUGUGGCUUGCAUCAAACAAAAUCCAAGCAAAACUACCACAUUCCCUGUCUUCUACCCACGCUCCAGGAUAUUCUCUGACAGUAAGUAGGUAAUAAAUGACAUGAAUGUGACCAUAAAGCCUUAGUUACCACAUCUAGGAGUAAUAUUAAAAAUCAGCAUUGCCUGACCUCUUCAUCUCCUUUUACUAGGUCUAAUAUUAUUCUUGCAUGCCUAUAUGGCAUACUGAUUAAUUACAGAAGGAAAAAUGUUAUUGUUAAGGCACUACAUACAUUAGGAAUGGAGACAGGUAAUUUUUCCACUGUUCAGAUCUUGCCUGUCCUACGUGAGUAUUAAUUCUUUUAGGUCUGGUAGUUUCCAAUGUGACUAACAUAACAGUUGACCCAUUAAGUCAAGCUAUAUCAUAAAAUUCAGCUGGUGGGUCAGAAGAGGCAGGGUUAAGACAAGUGAGUUGACACAGCAACUAUGUUGCCAUCUUCAAACUAUUCCAAUGUUUUGUUCCAGAUAAAUACCAUGAAGCUAGUCUUCAUUUUUUUGUCUCACAUAAAAUGUAAAUGCUGUAUUCCUUACAAUCCUUUUGUCACUUUUAGUAUUGGUUAGAUGUCAUCAAUGUUGCUAUUACGGGUAGAACUACAAAGCUUCUCUCUGUUGGCAGUGUUGUGGUUCUGCUUAAACAAAGUAAUUCUUGCCUUAUACCCCAUCUACGUAUUGUCACAUAUUGGUUUGACACAAAUACCAAUCUUUUAUCAUUCUGCCUACCACCAUAGGCAGGGGUCAGGUACUGUCAGACUUUCUCUAUUCUUCUACAGUGCUCCAUCUAUAAGGGUCUUUCCAUGUCUUUUAACACGUUUGUUCAGGUUCUUCACUUAUGUUAAAUUAUGCUAGAAUAACAGAAGUGAACUUCUGCAGUACAUUUACGAUGUGAUAUUCCAAAAUCACUAAGCAAAUUUUCCAGUUGAAAUAUUAUUUUAAAUCAAGCCUGAGUUUUGCAGCAAAACAAACUGGUACAGACUUCAAAAACACCCACACAAAAGAAAUUAAGUACUACGCUCUGAAAUUUGUGUACUGAAAACAGCAAUGCUUCUGCUUUCUAAAAAUAUCUAAGUGCCAACAGUGCUUCCUAAAGUGGAUUCAUUAAGUCCACGAAAGUGUUCACAACUUCCAGCAGGAUAAGGACCAUAUGAUACUUCCAGACCAAUUCUUCUCAAAUCUCAACUGACAAGACAGAUAGGUUGGGAUAAAUGACUAUGGCCUCUGAAAACAUUCUGAACAGAAUUACAAGCUCCUGCAAAGACUUUAAGGUGGCACUUCCUUUCAGAAGUUUAUUAAGGCUCACCCCACACAUCCAUGGUUGCCCAAAGAAUAAUAAAAAAAAAAAAAAAAAAAAAAAGCAGUCACUGGUUAAUACUGCUUCUGCUCCUGAACAAAGUACUGCUUAAAUUAUUGCUUCUUUUCUUGCUCAAGAAAAAGAAGUUAUUCUUUUAAGUUAUGGCCUUGCAUAUUUUCUUAGGUGGAGAUAUUAAUCUAUCAUAAUACAAUAAACAGGGCAUGAAAAAUUUUCCAAAAAGUUUCACAUUCAGACAGGCAGAAGCAAAAGGCAGAAAUCAUCACAUGGUCAUGCUUACAUAUACUACAUAUUAAAAAAAAAUAAAAAAAUCAAGGAUACAGAACUAUGUCUACAUAAGCAGCAAGAAAUACCUGCUAAUAAAGCCCACAUCUUUCUAUAUAAAAAGCCUGGAAGCAUCACAUUUUCAUGAAAGACAGCAAACUCUUUCAAAAUAUUGUUUAAAAUUGACUUUUUGGCAUAGACAGAAGGGUUAAAAAAAAUAAUCAAGCUUAAUGAUGAAAUUUUGUCCUUUAACAAGACAAAAGAUUUUCUAAGGCUAUUUCAUCAUAGAAAACUAGCUUCCUAGCAGUAAAAUUUUAGUCUGGUCCACUUAGAAAAAUGUUUAUCUGAAGCAGUGACUUCUAUUGUUGAUACAAGAGCAAACAACAAAUUUUGACGCCUGCACAGGAAUCUUUCCAUAACCAGAAUUAGGGGGUGGCUUCCGCCUGUAAUGAGGAAAUCUCAAGGUGCAUUACAGAAAAGUUGUUCCACUAGAUGGAGAAAUAUAGUUUAAUUUUGACUUUAAA